ACCAGCAUCUCUGAGUGAAGAGUAUCGUUCACUUCCAACUCUGAGCAAACGAUAAAGCGCAGCUGAAAAGGAGAUAACUAAACUCUCCACUGCAUGCAGAAAUCGUCUGCCAUUCGACUAUUUUUUUCCCGCUCUUCUCGAAUAUUGUUCUGUAAAUAUUGUGUUCGCUUUCUGCCACGGAAUUAGUAAGAAGGAAAUGAAAUAAGUAGAAAACUAUCAGUUGUUUGACCUUCUAUUAAAGUAAAAAGAUAGAGAAAAAACAAAACAGUCUAGGUCGUGAUGAUUGUCACGGACCAUUGAUUCUCCAAUUCUCUUCUUACUCAAUCGAAAGGCUUUUAAGAAAAAGGAAGAGUCCUCGCAUUGUCAGAGCCCAAUUGCAAGCAACUCCACGAUUUCUUCUUUGACACAAUUGAACCCUCAGCUGUGAAAUUUGUAAACUGUGCCAGUCGACUUUCUAACAUGUUCUGUCAGUUGUAAGAUCAUAUCGGAACAGAAAUGGGAUGGACUAAAUUUCGCAUCAUCCCUGCCAGGGCUUUCAAAAAGAUUCUAUAUGGUAUCUUCAUUUGGACCUGCCUGUGCUAUGCAGUGUUUCGAAUCACAAACCAUAAAGGAGCCGUCACAUACCUAACUGCUCGAGUCAAUAGAGGUCUGCUGCAGAAUGUGCAGUCCAUGCAAGCCUUGGCUGCUGCGGGUGCAGUUGUCGGAAAUGCCAACGAAUUUCCUACUACUUCACCCCCUGUGAACCAAGAUAACCCUUCUGGUAGCAGAACUCCGGGAAUUCCUCAGAACUUUCUAGAUUUGGAACCCCAAGUAGAUAAUAGUCCAGCACUUAAUGAAAAACAGUUGUUAACCUUACUUGCCAAUCAUUCCAAUUUACCUUUAGCUUACUGGUCUGCUAAUAAAAACAGGCCCAUAGGGAGCAAAUCCUGUGUAAAAUUUCCUAGUCUUUAUGAACUAGAUUUUAAUAAUAUUUACUGGCAGAGACUUCAAACCUCAAACGGUACCUAUUACUUGUAUGGAGCCUAUUAUGAUAACAGGUGGCGAGCUGGCAGUGUGCCGAUUGUUAGAAUAUUAGGCAUGGUAGAUCGUAUCAAGCCGAUCCCUACAAUAUGCCAAUUGUGGUUUGAUAAGAAGAAAACGGUUGCCUUUUCACAGGCCACUUACACGUACGCCUGGUACAGCAAAUGGGGCAAUUACAAGGAUGGUAUUCUCCAACCUUUCGUCAUAUCUUGUAAAGUGCCACCUAAAGAAUCAGGAGGCCAAGUUCCGACGAGCGUUUCUUUGGUCGAAAAUCGUUGCGACAAACCAACAACUAAUCUUAGAAUCUUAAAUGAGAGACCUAAAAAGAAGGAAGACUUUGCAGUUUGCGUCAAAGGACUCGAUUUUCUGCAUGAAGAUUUAAGUGUCAGGCUAGUGGAAUGGCUCGAGUUACUAAAUAUUCUUGGGGCCAAAAAAGUAUUUCUGUAUGAGCUUGAAAUUCAUCCCAACAUUUCCAAAGUACUACAUUAUUACCAAAAAGAAGGUUUAGUACAGUUAACUCCUCUGACGUUACCAGGUAAUCAACCAAAUUUGCCCGGUUUUCGUCAUUUAUAUUUGAAAUCUAAACUGACACACAAACGUCAGAAUGAACUCAUUCCUUAUAAUGAUUGCCUGUACAGAAACCUUUACUCUUACGAAUACGUCGUCCUGUUAGAUAUAGAUGAAAUAAUCAUGCCUGUAAAAUUUGAGUCUUGGUCUGAAUUGAUGAAGGAAGUCGUACAGCAAGCUCUGAAGGAAAAGAAUUACACUAGAGCUAGCUACAAUGUUCGCAAUGUGUACUUUCUGGACGAUCUCCAAGAUGGCGAUGAUUUACAUCAUGAAGCUCAUGAGCAAGGAAUUCCCAGGUAUCUCCAUAUGUUCCAGCACGUAUAUCGCAGCAAGAAUUUCACGAAACCUGGCUCCUAUGUCAAAUGUUUUCAUAAUACGGAAAGAGUGGUAUCUCUUCAUAACCAUUUUCCACUCAACUGCUUAGGCACCUGUACCACUUUUUCAAUCAACACUAGUUUGGCACAACUGCAACACUACCGUAAAGACUGCGUGGGUUCGUUGAAAAACAGCUGCAAAACAGACUUCCGUCUUUAUACGUUGAAGGACACUACUAUCUGGCGAUACAAAGAUGAAGCCAUAAAAAGAACAACUCGGACAUUAAGUAAAUUAGGAUUCUUUUCAUGAGUUUAACGGAUAUUUGUCUUGUGAAACUGUGAUGUAUUUCUAAAGGCUUUUGGGAUGGCCUAGCAAAACCUCAAACAAGCCGUUCUUAAAAGUGCUAUAAUAAGAAAAUUUGCAUCUGCUUAAAUUUGUUUUGUUCAAGUAUCUAUAAUUAGACUGUUGACAAUUUUUGAAUUGUGUUUUUUUAUGGUGGUUGAUAAUUUUCAAAGCCACGAUAAUGAAAUCUUUCGGCGAUUGAAAAUAUCCAUUAAAUUGAGUUUAUUGUGAUAUAAAUUUGCCUGCCAUUGUGCGAAUGGAAAAGAAAAUUGUAAUAGCAAAUUCAAUAUAGCACAAUUCUGUGGAAAUAAAGUGAACACUCAAUUUUUUUAAUGUUUUAAAUGCAUGUUUACUGGUCAACUCGGUAAUUCUUCAGUUGGCUAUCACAACAAUGCAUACUUUGUCUUCAGUACAGUGGUACAUUCGCUCGGAAACGCAACUUUAGAAACAAAGAGACUAUAGCCUAAGUUGAUUCUUUACAGCACCUGUUAAAAAAAAAAAACUUUAAAGAUAUUCUCAUGCUCCAUAUCAGUGCUGAUUAUCUAUCCGAGUAAUGUUUGAUUCAAUUCAUUUAUACAUAUAAUAGUUGGGGAAGAAGUUAGUUUGAGCCUGUGUGCCAUUGUGACUUUUCAAGGACAUUACAUAAUUUCAAGGUCACGCUUUAAUCUUUCGUUCAUGGCUUGUAUCUGAAAAUUCUUGAUGUAACUUACAAUUUGACUUUAAAUGCUGAAUGCAUUUGCCAUUUAUUAACUCAAUGAUUUACUUAAAUCUGAAUUAUACUAUUUAUUGUUGUGUAUUUUAUUUCCGUUGUAUGAAUUUGUACAGUUUUUAUGAUAAGUUAUAUUGAGGGCGUGUUUUGCAAUUCCAGGAAAUUCAAAUUUCAAAAUUUUCCUUUGCAAAUAUAUAUUUCAAAUCUUGCAAUUACUGUUCUAUAAAAUUAACUUCACAAUUUUAACCUUGUCUUUUUUUUUCUAAUCUUUUAACAUUAAAUUAUGUUUCUAAAAAUUAAAGGUUAGUUUUUGUUUUUUUUUACUUAAUGUUAAGUUUUAUUGUUAGAAGUAAAACUUUUAAUUGAUUAUGAAAUUCAUGCAUAUUUGUAGUAUGAGUAUUCAUUUCUAUUCCAGAUUUAUAUCUAUAUGUGAUGGAGAAUUUUAAUUUUUAAUGCAAAAAAAAAAAAAAAAUGAAAGUUCAAUUUUAUUAUCUGGGGCUAUUUAUUCCAAUUUUGAUAAAAGUUAAUCCAUUUGUGUGUGUGUUUUUAAAUGUGAAAUAACGUUUAUCUUUUCAUUAUAUCAUUACAUUAUAUAGUUUAUAAAAAUACAACUAUCACUCUCUUGAAAUGUAAAAGAAAAAAAAAUCUAAAUAAUAUCUGAUUUUCUUUGUAAAAAAAUCCUCCCCUGCCCCUUCAAAAAAAAAAAAAAAAAAAAAAAAACCCACGAAAGGUUGGUUUGUUAGCUCAUCUAGUUCAUGUGAAACACAGUUAUUUCACAUAAAAUAUUUCGUGAUACGGUAUUUAUAUUUAUAAAUUUUUAAUUAUAUACCUCGUUGAACUUUGCUUGAUUAUUUUAAUUUUUCUGGGCUCUAAAUUAUAUUUAAAGGGAUGAAAUCUCUUUCUAAUUUUAUAUUACUUAUAAUCGAAUGAAAUAUACGUGCAAUUAGAAUGGAACAUAAAUUGUUAUUCAAUCCUCGGUCUUAGAAUAAAUUUGUAAUUAAAAAAAAUAGAAUAUUUUUUAAAGUAAAAGCAAUUCAUCUAAGUUAAUCCUAAAAUUUCUUUUGUGAUACUUCAGCAAAUAACAAUCUGUUAUUGCACAGUUAAAAAAAAAAAAUCCUAAGUAAAAAUAUAAUUAAUCUAUUUUUUUGUUUCCUUACACUGUAAUUUUCAAAGUAUAAUAAUGUAUAUUUAGAAUUCAAUUGUAAUGCUGUUUCUGUGUGAUCUAUGGAACGCUUUUCUAAUUAUUCAGAAUAAUAUUUUCCAUCACGCACGAAUGGCAUCAUUGUGUCGCUUGAUGUUUUGAAAUCAUUGAUAUGUUUAUCCUUGAGUUCCAUAUAUUUCCUCUUUCAGUAUAUCUGAAUACUCUCCUGGCAACUUUCCCUUCGCUCCUUUGUAUUAAUUUUGUUCUUAAAGAGGAAUUCCCCAAUUUUCAUUCGAUUGGCAACACUCCAGAACACAGAUAAAUGUCCUAUUCUAUAAAAACAUCGCUUGGCAUAUUAAUCAUCGUUAGAGCUGAAUUUCCUGGAAUUAACAAAGUGUAUUUUGAAGAGCUGGUGUCUUCUUGGAGUCCAAUUCUGUUAACUUUUUACUGAUACUUUUUGUUAUUUGUUCUUCAUAAAUACUUAUUUAUUAACUGUGUUGAAAAUAGCAUAUGUGAGCAUAUUCUGUUCUCAGCUUUAUGUUGGUUAUGAAAUUCAAUGGAAUAAUUGAAUGUUGUGAAACUAGUUAUUUAAUAGACUAUUAUCUUCUCUUGGUGUUUGUAAAAGUAUUUUUGAACAAUUGAGCAGCUAUAUGCCUUUAUAAAGAAACCAUUGAUUUUUUUAAAAUUAUGAGUAAUGCAUACGUUUUUUUCAAAUUAGCAAUUUGUUACAAGUUUUGAACAAAAAUUUAAAAUUAAAAUCUAUUUUUUUAUUAUUAUUAUUUACAAACCAAUUUAAAUCUGCUACUUCUAAUACACACACGCUUCUUUCUUUUUUUUCAGUUGCGAUCGCAUUGCAGACUUCGAUCGCAGCAAAAAACUUCUGUUUGUUCAUUCUAUUUAGAAUCGUUAAGAUUGUUAUUUUUAAUUCAUAUUAUUUGUUAAUUUUAAAUCUUAAUCUUACUUUGUGACCAUUUGGAUAAAUAAUUGUUUGUAGCAUUGGUUUAAAAAAAUUUUAAGCAUAGGGUUAAUUUUUUAAAGGGAAUUCUUAAGUUAAUGCAUGCAAUAUUUUUAAAUGCGAUUUAAUUUUGAGAACUUAAAUUAUUCAUUUGCCAUUCUAUAACGUUCUAAAUUUAGCAUGAAUUUCGAAAAUUCCGAACAUAAUUUGCUUUUCUUUUACUGUACUGGUAUAAAGAAAUACCACAUCAUCCAUUAUCAAUAUCAUCAUUGUUUCUUAAAACAUAAUUUUCUUUGAUUGCAUGUCUUUAAUUAUAUAUUUCUUUUUUGUUUGUUAUUCAUAACUCAAAGAAGUGUUUAUUCUUGAGAAUAUUUAAACAAUACUGCUUUUAUUAGUCGGUUUUCAGUAAUAAAAGUUAUUAAUAUUGUUUUGGUAGUUCAUGUUAGAGUACAUUUAUUUCAUUUCGUUCCAUUCCAUUCACUAUAAAUUUUUGCUUCAAACAAUUAAAUGCAAAGUAGAAUUAAAAACACUUUUCAUUGAAAAACUUUUUUUUUUUUUUUUGCAUCGGUUAUUUGUUUCAUAUUGCUGAAUUUGAUCUUCAUAGAAAAUGUUUUAAAUUAAAUAUAAUUUAUAAUCCCUCUUGGGAAAAAAAUGCGAUUUUACACUUACAUUUUUUUAAGAAACAAACUAAUUCGAAAUUAAAGUAUUUGCAAAAUUAAAAACUGUGAACUUCAACACUUUUUAAUUUUUUCCAUCCACUCAAUUGCUCUUUAAUUAGACAUUUAAGGAAAUCAUUUUUGUUCUUUUAUGUUGUCAAACUUUCUCUAAAAUUGGUGUUUGCGCUUUUCUUAUAUAUAUAUCUGCGCUUGCUAGGGUCUGCUUUAAUGGCGUUUUAAAUUCAGUAGCUGUUCAAUUUUCGAUGUUCCUGCAGAAGUUCGAGUCUUUCACACAUUCAAGAAUCUGCAUGGCGGGACCAUGAACAAAUUCUUGCUUUUUAUUGUACCUAGAAUUCCUGUGUGUGUGUAUUUGUUUGUAAUGUUUUCAAUGAAAAAUAUUUACAUCUUAUACCUUGUACAAGUUGUGAAAAAUAAAAGAAAAUUCGUGUUA